UACCAACAACAUAAAUACUGAACCAGCAAAAAGAGCUGAAACUAAGUCUAGCUCUGAACCGUGGAUCUGUCUUCUUUAUGUUGCCAGAGGGAUACAGCAUGUCCGAAAUGCUUGACAGCAUCAUCCCAACGAACUUUAUUGACCUGACCCUGAGCGACGAUCUUCUCCCAAUCCCAUCCCCGCUCAAAGCUCCAGGGCAGAGUCGGCUGAACCGAUCUGCAUCUUUCUUCACCCCUCCCUCCCAUUCUGCCUUGUCAAGCCUCAGCUUGAGCUCUGAGCAUCUUAACAGUGAUGACAACGGCAGCUCUAUCUGGUCGUCCAACAUCUGGAGCCAGGCUCCGGGUUCCAACCAAAAACCAGCCCCUUUCCGGUCUGACCGCUCUAUGAGCAUGACUGAGCCCAGCAGCAGCCUGCUCCCUCCGUUUGGACAGCUGAAGAGUCUGGACCCAUUUACCCAGAGCCCUGCCUCUACCGUUGCUCCCCCACCAGGGUUCCCGCCCUCAUCUAACCUCCCAGCUCAAGUCCCACCAAUGCUCUCCUCAAACCGUUACAAGACCGAGCUGUGUCGAGGCUUCCAAGAGACUGGCAACUGCAAGUAUGGCAACAAGUGUCAGUUUGCCCACGGUGAGGCAGAACUGCGUGGACUGUACCGUCACCCAAAGUACAAGACCGAGCCCUGCAGAACCUUCUACAAUUUUGGUUACUGUCCCUAUGGCUCACGGUGCCACUUCAUCCAUGGGGAGAAAAACAGUGAUGGUCCCCUGGGGUCUAUAAAAUUCCAGAGACAGCCACUUUCCACAUCAACCAGUAACCACAACCCACGCCACCAGCUCCGCCAGAGUCUCAGCUUUGCUGGGUUUGUGGCCCCAUCCCGCAGCUCCUCUCCACCCUCAUUCUCCGCAGUCUUCAACGAUCCAAACCUGGGAUUCAGCCGUGCUCCUUCUGUUUCCCCACCUCCUACUGAACUCCUCCCCCCGGUGUUUAGCGACUCCGCGUUCCUGUUUGAAACCCUUCAGAACCACGCCAACAGCGGGGACAUUCCUCUCAUCUUGGAGCCAAAGCCUUCACGCUGCGUGUGCGGCCACGGAAAUAACUUUAACAAAAGCAGCGUCUUCACCAGCAUGGUGGAUGAGCAGCACCCGCUUCCUGUAAUUGGCAGCCACGGGGCAUUUAGGAAGUCCGCUGGACUGCACCGUUUCUCCUCUGAGGACUCCCUGGAGGACGGCAGCAGCAGCAGCAGCUGCUCCAGUGGGACCGAGUCACCAACGUUUGACGGCUCCACCACCAAGAGGCUCACCGUCUUUGAACGUUUGUCCCUAUCAGACUAAACGAAUCCAAAGAAGACGGAAGUCGACUUGCUGUGCUUGUUGACUUCCUUGAAAAACCAGAACUGUCUAGAACAAGUUGACAAGAUAACACUUGUAAAAAUCUAAUUAAUCUUUUACAAACUACACAUACUAAGAUGAUUUUAGUACUCGUUUGUUAUCAGACUCUAUUUUUAUACUCAGAAAUACGGAGUAGCCUUUUAGACCUUUAUAUGUGGUCUUCCAAAAGAAUUACCUCUUCUACAGGUCUCGACUUAACCAGCACAUGUUCUGACUCACAGUUACCACCGAUCGGUAGUGAUCAAAACCUUUUGUGAUAAUCAGUAAUGCCUUAAAGAUUUGUUCUUUUCCCGCCUCAUAGGCUAUCUCACCUCUCUGCCAUUUUCAGUAUGUUCGAUUCAGUAGCCUUAAUCAGCCAGACCUGACAUGUGUCUAUGAUAUGCACUUUACAGCUAAUUCGAAUAGGGGAAAACACGUCCCAGUAGCAUUCAACCAAAGCUUAAUUCUUCAUUCUGCGUUAUGGAUGUGUGUGUAAAGAGUGUGUGUGCCUGUAAGUAUGCUUGUGAGAGUGUUUGUGAUUUUCUUCUAUUUUUAGACCUGGGGUGCAAGCAAAUCUUGCAAGUCCUGAAGGAUCACAAUAAGAUCCAAACGUUCUAUGUUUUUGAUUUGGUAAAUUCUUCUGUUCAGUUUGCCAGUUUGAAAAAUGCACCCCAUUUGUUUUGACCGCCUGGUUCAGGGAACACCGCAGUAUUCCAUUUGGUUAUUGGUUGCCUUGUGUUGUUUAACUUAAACUAAUAUAUUUAUUAUGAUAUUUAUUUGUGUUUAAAGAAGAAAAAACUUGUAUUUUGUACUUUUAUUUAUGAGAAAAAAAUUAUUUCAAGCUCUGUGAAAAAAAAACAAUGUGAGAAAAGAAAAGCAAUAAAAAAGAGAUUAUUAUAUUUUUAAUUGCUUGAAACAGAUUAAAUAAAAUACUAAAUAAAAAAAUAAAUCUA